GACUUCAAACGUUACUUCACCCGACGUUGACGUUGUAUCUUAGCGAUGUUUCAUUGACGUUAGCAUCAACUAGCGAGUACAUCUACACAAGCGAAUUUUAAGCGAUAUUUUAGCUAUUUAUUCGAGAUAUGGAGACAAUUUUAAUUCCAAGAGUAUCUACAUUGACGAAAGAUAUGGAAAUAUUUUCCAAUCUUGCAAAGUUUUCUGCCGUGACUGGUUAUAUUCCAAGUGUCAUCCCGACAUCACCUUUUGAAAACUAUCUAAAUAAGCGUGACAACAGACUGACAAGUUUCCUACGUUCUUUGAGAAACUCUGUCCUCAAGAAGUCAAGAGCAGACUAUGAAACCAUUAGUUAUGACGAAUUCAAAUACACAUUGUUUUCAUCUGAGACGAGAUUAGAGUUAAGAGAGCGCAAGAAAGCAUUAGUUCAGUUGGUUAAGAAACAUGAGGCUGCGCUGUUAGCUCUGAGGGAAGCUAGAAUGAAAUGUUGGAAAUCGAAGGAUAAGGUUGAGAAGUACAGACUGAUAUUAGAGACACAGAGGUCUGCAUUGAAAUACAACCAAGAUGAAUUGAGAAUAAGAUCCGCUGCUAUAAAGAACAUGGAAAUUAUGUUUGACAAAUGGAUGGCCAUUCAUGAAAAGGAUCAUAUUGGAUUUAAGACAAAAUUCCUUGAAGAAAUAAAAUACAGAGAGAAAAUACAGAGAAUUUCCAAAGACAUUGAAAUUGACAUACGUGAGAUGUUGACAGAAUCAAUCCGAUUGAUGAUGAACAGUAACAAACAGUGUGUAAGUGAAACAGAUAUCAGUAAACUUUCCAAGCAACUGUACAGUCAGACAAGCCGUGCAUACAAGUUCACCCUAGCCCAGAACAUACCAUGUCAGAAAGUCUGGAUUGAAAAGUCAAAAUACGAAAACAGCAGUUUGUGGACAGGAGACAUAAAAAGAAAGAUCAAACAUGCAGAUCAGACUGUUCGGGAAGAGAAGAUAGAUUGAAGACCGUCUGUGAUUUUAUUGUUUGUUACAGAAUGAAUCUAUAGUUUAUAUUUAUUAUUCUAUUGGCAAAAAAAGAGAAUCUAUACAAAUAUUAAAUAUGUAUUUGUC